GCAACUUGGGGGUUUCCUUAAGACCAGACCGCUUCUGUUUCACCCAUUUCAGUUCCUGGCAACAGAUUCUCACACAUCCUCCCUUCCUGGGUUGAAUCGAUGACGUCUCCCCUCCCCGAGGUCCUGGUCCCCCACUCACAGCGUGUGCUGGGGCAGGGUGUCAUCAGUUGUUUGGACAGUGGUUCAGAAUCUGCUUCCCUGUCUCAGGUUUGUCUUCAUAUCAGAGGUCCUCUUCAGGGCCAUUCCAGCUCCACAGGGAUCAAGUUUGCCUGGACCUUCUCCCUGGGCUGUGGCACCUUCACCUUCUACCUGCUCACAGGUGAGGUUCACCCCAGGGCCUGAUACUGGUGUGGGAGGAAGACGCUUGGAAGGCCGGAGGGCCCUGCACUGACAUCCCUGGGCCCCUGGCAGGUACCAUGACCCUCAUGGUCAAGCUGGCCAUGCUCAGAGCGGGGCUGUGUGAACUCACACGUCUGAGGAGGAGGUGGGCGUGUUUUCCCCACCACAGACUUUUACAAUCCUGAUUCUCUCCCUUCUGCCUGCCCUGAGCAUGCGCUGCAAAGCAGGGGCCCAGGAACCCGCCACCUGCCCACCCACCCCCUCCUCCCUCAGGACCUGGUGUCCACAUCUCCAGCUCUUUUCUCCUUCAGCCCCAGGCAUCAUGGAGGCCUUAGAGUGGGGGGCCCCACCUCUCUCACCACGGAAAGUUGCAGCAUUCACAGGAAGACAUGACACAUCCCCCAACUGUCCCCGGUGGCCACAUCCCUCCCCUCGUUGAACUCACACCCUGGCUUCAUGCGCCAACCCCACCACUGAGCCCCCAAGCCUGUCAUCUCUUCCGGGAAGCCCCCCCUCUGGUGCUGAGCAAGGCUCCGAGGGUGAGAGCUGCGGAACCUGAGAUAGCGAGGCAGGUUCUGAACCAUCAGCCAAACCACUGGUGACACCCUGCCCACCACACAGUAUGAGUGGGGGACCAGGACCUCGGGGAGGGGAGACGUCAUCGGUUCAACACAGGAAGGGAGUAUGUGUGAGAAUCUGCUGCCAGGAACUGAAAUGGGUGAAACAGAACCGGUCUGGUCUUAAGGAGCCCCCCGAGUUGCCUCAACUGCUUGCUGGCUUCUUUGCUUUUGGGGGGGCUCAGAGGACCCCGGAGUCCGGGUCCACAGCCUCUUCUCUCAGAGACCCAGGAACCCAGCGCUCACCCCCAUGGAGCCCUGUCGGUCCCUGGCCCUGCUGGCCGCCUCCCUGGCCCUGGUCUCUGCCCUGGUUGCUCUGAGCACGGAUUUCUGGUUCAUGGCCAUCGGGCCCAGCUCUUCAGCUCACUCGGGCCUCUGGCCGAAGCGGGGUGGGGAAUCAGUAGCAGACUUCAUCCACGUGACGCAGACCUUCAGCAUUCUGGCCGCCCUGUGUGGCCUGGGGUCUGUGGGCCUCCUGGUCCUGUCCUGCAUCCCCUCACUGUCCGCCCCGGGCCGCGGCCCCCUGGUCUCGUCCAUCACAGCCUUUGUUGCAGCCGUCUUCAUGGUGGUGGCCAUGGCCGUCUACACCGGUCAUCGGUGGAGCCAACCUCGACACCCCCAGAUCCAGUCCUGCUUCUCCUGGUCCUUCUACCUGGGCUGGGUUUCGGCUCUCCUCUGGUUCAGUGCAGGUAGCCUGAGUCUGGUCGCUCACUUCCGUGCCCCUCCAUCUGGCUACGAAGAAUUGUGAGCCCAACAUGUGAGCCGAAGGUGAGGACAGCAGGUGGGUUGGAAAGCAUCAUCCAAGCAUCAUCCGGAGCCAUGGGAUCACCUGGCCCUCCCUCGGCCCUGGCCCCCAGCCCUUCCAUAGCCCCAUUGUUUGUUUAUUCAUUCUUUCAACAAUGAUUUGCUGCA